UUGACUACCUUGCUCAUCUUCUAUCCACUCGUUUAUUGUGCUCGAAGACAAUGUUUCAAUUUGGAACAAGAAUUAUCCUAUUGUUCUCAGAAGCUCAAAGUCAAAAUGCCUGUUAAUCAACUGGCCGGCUACAGUUUCGGUUAUGGAUCACUGAACGACACCGAGUACAUGUGUCGCGAUUACUUCGUCAAAAACGAUGGAUUAUUUUCAUGGGCGAAACUACUCACAAGGUUGCUGAAAACUCUUCGACACCCUACGACCGGCUUCGGCCUUCUUGGGGCUCAUCAGGUAGACACAGUCCCCGAGUUUCCGCCAACCUCAUGUUCUACUGAAUGUGCUGCACACAGGCCGCCUCAUGAUUCAGUUGGCACGAUAUUCGAGAUAUCGCAGCAUAUUUUCAUAAAAGUAACUAAUCCCAAGGUUGCUGAAAACUCUUCUACAGCCCACGACCGGUUUCGCCCUUCUUGGGCUCGCCAGGCGCUGUCCCCGAUUUUCCGCCAACCUCAUGUUCUAGUUGAUCCCAAAUUGGACUGUUUUCGAGAAAUACACUCAUUUGCAACUGAAUGUGCUGCACACAGGCCGCCUCAUGAUUCAGUUGGCACGAUAUUCGAGAUAUCGCAGCAUAUUUUCAUAAAAGUAACUAAUCCCAAGGUUGCUGAAAACCCUUCUACAGCCCACGACCGGUUUCGCCCUUCUUGGGCUCGCCAGUGGCACAUACUCGUGUUUCACUGCAUGCGGAAACGCUCAGAGGAGGCCUGCCGAAAUUCUGAAGAGGAAAUGUUCAAACAGCUGAUCUGGUCAAUAUCGCUAGAGACAAGGAAGCUGGAGCGUGCCGCGGCCUAUAUGUGUCAUGAGCAUAAUCUACGC